AUGAGGCAGGAAGUUAUCAAGGUCAAGGUCGAGGUAGGAGCCCUUUGCCUCAAUGACAUUCUUUCCUUGUUCAAAACCGAGUGCCUCCUCUUCAUCCAUGGCCGCCUGAAUUUCUUUCUUUCUUUCUCACAACAUACCCAUAACAUAUCAACACCAACACUCUUUUUCGACAUUCUAAAAAUCAUCGCACUCGUGUUUAUCGCCUUCAACAUGUCUCGUCGAUCACCUGGACAGCAGCCGCUUGCCUGGUACCGGGACUCAUAUCCAGAUGUCGAACUACAAGACCGUCGCGAUUCUGAAGCGGACGAAGAGAGAAUAUACGAGCUCGAAUACAGGACACACCGAGUCACGCGCUUCCAAUGCUGCCGCUGCGACGAUUCCAAAGAAAAUUGCUUUGUCUCAGAUAAACGUUGCUACAACUGCACGUUCAGACUCUCAUGGCAACUAGCAACACUCGAUGACAAGUCUCUACAAGAAAUAUACGCUAGAACGUAUGACAACUAUGAUGCGAAGCUGGAGAAAAGGACACUGGCUACGGGCCGUCGACACUACUUCCAACUGGAUUCACUCGCCAUCCGUAUUAACUCUCGCCUGGUUUUGCCUAUGUCUGCGGCUGGUCUAUACCAUAUACAAGACCUGCAAGCCGAGAGAAGAAGGACGCACGAACCGCAAAUAGUUACUGGCCCCGUGGGAAUUGACCCAUUGAUGAUCCCAAACACUGGGCCGCCAAGCAUCUAUAAUGGGGAGUAUUGGGCUAACGCGCAAUCAUUUCUCCGGAUACUUCAAAGACGGUCACACGACCGUUCGGAAACCAACGCAGAAGUCUGGCUCGCUAGGAUGAUGGCGAGGAGAAGGAUGAAGAUGAUGAUGAUGUAG